GUCGCUUAUCCAGUCACGUAUCCAGCUGUGUGUGUUUUGUAAGCCAUAAGGAAAUGUGUAAUUUCUGACCAAGCAGGAGGUUUGGUUACGACAGCGAGUGCAUGUUGUGACCUUUGGACAUCAGUAGCAUUGUAAAACAUAUUUAUUGAGCUACCGAAAUACUCCGCUGACCGUCCGUCCCCUCUUGACUUUGUCUUGGCGACCAAUCGUCGCUAACCACGCCUCGACGUCACAGCGUUUGUUAGUGCAGGGAGCGUCUGAGGAAUGUGUUACUGGCCACGCCGAUAAGACAGUCCUGCCCGCUCCAUACGCUUAUAUCACAAUACAGCAGCAUGUCCGAGGACUCCACUGUAGGUGUGUAGUCCGAGAGAGCGACUCACAUACUGUACACUACUGUGCUGAAGAGCUGACAACUGAGUGACGGAAUAUGUGGCUGCCAUUGGUUGGAAUGACUGCCCUGCCACACAUUGGCGGGCUCUAUGGCGGUUACAUCACACGCAAAGAGGUGAAGACUUGGUACCCAACCCUGCAGAAACCAUCAUGGCGCCCACCAAAUGCAGCAUUCCCCAUAGUGUGGACCUGUCUAUAUACAGGCAUGGGGUAUGGCUCCUACCUGGUGUGGAAAGAGCUGGGGGGUUUUACUGAGGAUGCACUGGUUCCACUGGGACUUUAUGGGCUGCAGCUAGCUCUGAACUGGGCCUGGACUCCGAUUUUCUUUGGCGCACACAAGCUGAAAUGGGCCCUCAUUGAGAUCAUGAUGCUCACUGGGACUGUCGGAGCCACCAUGGUGUCUUGGUAUUCCGUCAGCCGCACCGCCACUCUCCUGAUGGCACCCUACCUGUGCUGGCUGUGCCUUGCCACCUCACUCAACUACUGCAUAUGGAGAGACAACCCAGAGAAAAAGGAAGAGUAGGAGACAGUUCUGUAUGCUUUUAAACCAACUGCUUACAUUUGGAAUCCUCUGGAUGUCUUAAUAUUGAAUAUUGAAUCAGCUUAUCAAAGAACAGUCAGUAUCUUCGAAUAUUGCAGAUUAAUGUGGAAAUAUGUUUUUAAAAAGUCAUGAAGUAAUUGAGAUGUAGUCUUUUUAUAUUUUGUAGAGCAGACUUGUUAGUUUACAGUCAUGUGCAGCACCUGAGAUGGCAGCUUAUUACUCUAGAGCAGAUGUGUCAGUCUGAUCAUAGCUUGGAUGUUCAGCCUGUAGACUAACCUGCCUCUGAUCUGAACAAACAGAUCCCUAAUUUUAAAAAAGUGCAUUCAUUAAUUUAAAGCUCUUAAAUUACCAGGAAAGCAUUGAGUUCAUGUGUAAUUAAAAUGAAGUGCAACACUGCAAUUAAUUGCCUUUUGUAUACAAAGAAAUGUUCCAUGUGUGCUAUAAAUCAAUUAAAAUAAAGAUUUCUAUCCAGUUUA